AUGAUCAAUCACCAAACUCAAGAAAUACAAGGUUUCACAUUAAAGAAAGAGCAUCAAAGUUUCAGUUUUCUAAAGCCAGAAAUUCAAACACCAUCAUGGCUUGAAUUAGAACAAGAUCUAAACCUUCAUCACACCCCUUCCAAAAUAAACAUUAUCUCCGAAGAAAACAACAAAGCUUUCAGCAUUUAUGGUACUACCAUCAUAGAAACAUCCGUUUCUUUCAAUUUGCUUUCCAAAGACGUUGAUGUUUCUGCCAAAGAGGUGAAUCGUCGAUUAUCGUUGAUCUCCAAUGUUGACUCUUCUUGUGCCGUUGAUGGACUGCGUUUGGGUUUGCACAAGGUGGUUCGUGUUUCGCCCAAGACCAAUUCUUCUUCCACUGCUGUGGUUUGUGGUGCUUUCCGAUCUAUAUUCGCUGCUAUUGCUCUUGAUACUGGCGAUUUGGAUACUGCUGGUAAUGUUCUCUUGACUGUUCAUGGUCGUGAUCUGGGCUUUUCUAUGGAUAUGUGA